AUGUCUGGGAGAAUUGCCGUCAAGUCCAUCAUCAAGCAGCCCGCCAGAAAGACACCGACUGCGGCAGACGAGCAGAAGGAGAAGGUCGAAAGGGAUCGGAAGAACCUGAACAUCGCCCUCAAGCAUGCCCAUCUAAUUCAGCAUCGUAAAGAUGUGGAAGCAGCGAUACUGAACUCCAUCACAACACUCCUAGACUUCCCAGCCACUUCCACCUUCACCACCAAAGAGGCCAUCGCAUUCGUAAGUCUUGUCAAAGCCUUCCAGCCAUCCGACUACGACAGCCUGGUGGAGGAGCGCCGGAUCGACAGCAAGUGUGGCUACGCACUGUGCCGCAAUCCGCCGCGAUCUCAAACCAUGGGACCUAGCUCGGCCUGGAAGCUCAGGAAAGGCAUGAACGACUAUUGCAGCGACACGUGCGCCAAGAAGAGUCUGCUGGUCAAGGCUCAGCUGAGUGAGGUGCCUGCGUGGGAGCGUGUGCCUGAGCAACAGCCCGACAUCAGGCUACACGAAGACGACGAGCCUCCCGAGAUUGAAACAGCUAUGCGGCGUGCGAACAGAGCUGCUCGCGUCGAUGCGUGGCGCCAGAAAGUGGCCAAGGACGAAGAGCUGGCCAUGGAACGUGGCGAGAAGACAGACUCCAUGAGACCCAACCAAGUCAUGGCUGAGACCGUAGUUGAAAAGCAACCCAAACCGUUCAAGCCAUCCGACGCUGAAGCAGGCAUCGGUCACUACAGUUCCAUCGAGGGCUAUCAGCCAAAGGCCAUUCGGAAGGGACGCAAAGACGAUUCUGACGCCAGCGACGGCGAAGAGGACGACGCCGACUGA